AUGGCUACCAUUGAAGAAGAAUCCAUUAGUCUUGCACAAGUGUUUGAUAAAAAAUCCGGGUUCAAUUCAGAAACCGGAAUCUACCAUUCCCUCGUUCAUUUGAGUGAAGAUGACAGGAUCCCUACUCAGCCUAAUCUUGACACAGCCACAUAUGUGCUAUCGCAGUUCCCUCCUCUUGACCAAGCUGAAUCCCGAGCAGCACUCAUUGAUUCCACCACUCAUGAACGAGUUACCUACGCUCAACUUGAUCGGUCUAUUAGGGCGCUUGCUGCCGGAUUGUAUCAUGGACUCGGUGUGAAGAAAGGUGAUGUUGUGUUUGUCUUAUCGCCAAACUCGCUAUUGUACCCGACCAUAUGUCUCGCUGUACUCUCCAUUGGAGCAGUUCUGACCACAGCCAAUCCACUCAACACUGUAGCAGAAAUUGCCAAACAAGUACGGGAUUCCGGGGCAAAACUUGCUAUUGCUUCACCAGAAGAGAUGCACAAGUUAGUGCCCACCGGAGUGCCUACUCUUGUUACUUCCUACAGUAAAGAACAUGAUAAUGCACUUACCAUUCAAGAAUUGGUCGAGAAUUGUGAUCCUUUAUGCAUUCCAGUAGCUAAGCCGGUUCAGUCGGAUACAGCAGCAAUUCUCUACUCUUCAGGGACAACAGGAACUAGUAAAGGAGUAGUAUUGACACAUUCAAAUUUCAUAUCUAUUAUGAAACUACUCAAAUGGUCAGUGGACGUAUCAAAUGCUCAGAAUGAUGUUUUUCUGUGCUUCAUCCCCAUGUUCCACAUCUACGGUCUAGCAUUUUUUGCCCUUGGAAUGUUCUGUUCAGGCACAACAAUUGUUAUCAUGCAAAGAUUUGAUUUCCAAAACAUGCUCAAAGCUAUUCAGAACUACAAGAUCAACAACAUUCCAGCCGUUCCCCCAGUGAUACUCGGGCUGGUGAAGUAUCCCGGAGGGGCAUAUGACUUGUCCUCGUUACGCAGACUGGGCUCGGGGGCUGCUCCAUUGAGCAAAGAGGUGGCAGAUGGGUUCAGAGAGAAGUUUCCUUGGGUCGAGCUAAGACCAGGCUAUGGGCUGACAGAGAGCACUGGUGGAGCAACUUACUUUGUUUCCAACAACCAAGCGAAGGCUCGUUCAGCCUCGUCCGGGAGAUUGGUUCCAUGUUUCAGUGCCAAGGUGGUGGAUGUUGAGACGGGAUUGACUUUGCCGCCAUAUAAGCAAGGAGAACUCUGGCUGAAAAGCCCUACCAUAAUGAAAGAAUACCUGGGAAAUGAGGAAGCAACUGCUGCUACGUUCUACUCGGACGGAUGGCUCAAAACUGGUGAUCUUUGUUAUAUUGAUGGAGAUGGGUACCUGUACAUAGUCGAUAGAAUAAAGGAGUUGAUCAAGCAUAAAGGUUACCAGGUGGCUCCAGCAGAGCUGGAAGCAAUAUUAUUAAGUCAUCCCCUUAUACUCGACGCAGCAGUUAUACCGGUUGAAGAUGAAGAAACAGGACAAAUACCCAUGGCAUAUGUGGUGAAAGCUUCUGGUUCUGACCUAACUGAAGAUCAGGUUAUCCAAUUUGUUGCCGAGCAGGUAGCCUCGUACAAGAAAAUUAGGAGGGUGAGAUUUAUCAGUGCCAUACCAAGGUCUGCUGCAGGUAAAAUUCUGCGGAGGGAACUGUUACAAAGCAACCAAGGAGUGCUCUCUAAAUUAUGA